GCCGCUGCGCAGCGCUCGAUCGCUCCCUUCCGCGUCCGGUGUCCCCAAAAGUCAUGGCCGCCGCACCCGCUGCCGCCGGUACCGGCGAGCCCAUGUCCCCAGACGAGUUGCUCCCGAAAGGUGACGCGGAGAAGACUGAAGAAGAGCUGGAAGAGGACGACGAUGACGAGCUGGACGAGACCCUGGCCGAGAGACUGUGGGGUCUGACGGAGAUGUUCCCCGAGAGGGUCCGGUCAGCGGCCGGAGCCACUUUCGAUCUCUCCCUCUUUGUGGCUCAAAAAAUGUACAGGUUUUCCAGGGCAGCCUUGUGGAUCGGGACCACUUCCUUUAUGAUCCUGGUUCUUCCUGUGGUCUUUGAGACUGAGAAGUUGCAAAUGGAGCAACAGCAGCAGCUGCAGCAGCGGCAGAUACUUCUAGGGCCUAACACAGGACUCUCAGGAGGAAUGCCAGGGGCUCUACCUUCGCUUCCGGGAAAGAUCUAGAUUGUUAAUUAACACUUGAGCAGUCUUGGUAGAGAAGUUCAAACCCAGUUGUGUUUGAACUGCUGAUUAUUUGUAAUUUUUUUUUUAAACUUUGGCACAUUGAUCUAAACUUGGGCGAAUUCUCCCUUUGACGUUUCAUGGAGAAUCCCAGUCUGCAGCUGUGCCCUCCAUGCUGUCCUCACUGUCCUUGCUGAUACUUGAGUGCAGCUAUUCAGACGGUUACUUCAGCUCUGGCCACCCAAUCCUUUUUAGUCAGCUGCUCCUAGCUAUCCCAUGAUGGGGUAGAAACUGACGCCAGUGGGAGGGACAGACCCCCUGACCAUUAAUGACUGGUUUUGGUUAUUUUUUCUUUCCAAGAAUGGCAGUGAUGGGGAGGGAUGAGCACACAAUUAUAAAACUGACACAGUGCAGUACAGUACAGUCGUAGUGUAAGGCAGUGGGAACCCGUGUGCAUCGGAGAGGGAGGCUUGCUGUAGCUUCAGCCACGAGAUGAGGACAUUGGGAGAUUCGGGGGACAGAGCAGGGGCUCAUCUCCUCUGCACAUUUUGGCUACCAGACCUGUGUGUAAAAAAGGUCAGUGCUCACUUUUUGUAUUUAAAAUUAAAAAUUAUUCCAACUCAAA